UCUGAGAGGACAGUGGCUCGCGCUCCUUACUUCCUGUUUCCAAGCAGAGCCCGGGGCUGAGGGCACCGAAACCGGCCCCGCCAGCGGCCGGGCAGAGCUGCGUUCUCCCCCUCGGGGCGGCGGGAGGCGGGCGCUGGGUGGCCCGGGCGCCGCGGGGAGGAUGAACUGGCUGUUCCCCCUGUCCAAGGGCGGCGGCUCGUCCUCGUCCCCCGCGGCCCCGCUCCCCGCCCUCACCAGCCUCCAGCAGCAGAAGCAGCGGCAGAUCGAGUCCCUGCGCAGCGCCCAUUCCGCCAUUGCCGAAAUACAGAAAGAUGUGGAAUAUAGGUUGCCAUUCACCGUAAACAACCUGACAAUUAAUAUUAACGUCUUGCUUCCUCCUCAGUUUCCUCAAGAAAAACCGGUGAUCAGUGUUUUCCCGCCAAUAAGACAUCACUUAAUGGACAAACAAGGAGUGUAUGUGGCAUGUCCAUUAAUAAGCAAUUUCACAAUGCACUCUGACCUUGGAAAAAUUAUUCAGAGCUUACUGGAUGAGUUUUGGAAGAAUCCUCCAGUUUUGGCUCCUAGCUUAACAUCAUUUCCAUAUCUUUACAGUAAACCAGCUGGAAUGCCUCCUUAUACUCCUCAGGGUUUUCCGUUUCUUCCUCCAUACCCCCCACAAGAAACAAAUAGAUCUAUAGCUUCUGUGCCAGUUGCUGAAUCAGGUUACACUACAGACAAACCCGCUGCUCCAUCCUAUGGCUUGAUCACAGACCUGCCAUUACCUGUUCCAACAACAGAAGCACUAUUACAGGUGGGCCAGAAUGGCUUCACUUACAAGAUGCCUGAUGUUCCUGAUGCAUUUCCAGAGCUCUCAGAAUUAAGUAUACCACAGCUGACAGCUAUGAAUGAGCAAGAGGAUAUUUUGCUGGAACAGUUUGUGAAUCUGCCCCAGCUGAAGCAAAUCAUAAUGGAUAAAGAUGACUUCGUGAAAAGCAUUGAAGAGUUAGCAAAAAAAAAUUUACUGUUGGAACCCAGUCUAGAGGCGAAAAGGCAAACAGUGCUGGAUAAAUAUGAACAGCUUACUCAGAUGAAAGCCACCUUUGAGAAGAAGAUGCAAAGGCAGCAUGAGCUUAGUGAGAGUUGCAGUUCCAGUGCUUUGCAGGCCAGACUGAAAGUAGCUGCUCAUGAAGCCGAAGAGGAGUCUGACACUAUUGCAGAAGAUUUCUUGGAAGGAAAAAUGGAAAUAGAUGACUUCCUUAGUAGCUUCAUGGAAAAGAGAACUAUUUGCCACUGUAGACGAGCCAAAGAGGAGAAACUUCAACAGGCAAUAACAAUGCACAGCCAAUUUCAUGCUUCACUAUAGGUAAACUGCUACAUGAAGGCAAACUCCCACACACUUUGCAUUACCUUCAUAGCACUUACUCUGUAUUUACUAACUGCAAACUGUCAUAUUAACAUUAUUAGUAUUUCCCAUAACAUUUCUUGAUGUAGAUCAAUUUCAGGUCAAAAUUCCUUGUUUGUCUGUUUCUAUACAAAGGAAGGAAAUAGUUGGUA